AUGGCGCCCCCGCCAAUGGCCGACGACCCAGGCAAUGUUAAGGUCGUCGUACGAUGCAGAGCCUUUUUAAAACGAGAAAAAGAAAAGGGCACCCAGUGCCUGAUUCGCAUGGAUCCGGCAACACAGAAGACUACCCUCCACGCCCCAAUAGAAGUCGACUGCAACUCCAACACUCGCCGGGUCUAUGAAGAUAAAGAAUUCACAUUUGAUAAAUCAUUCUGGUCGCACGACGAGGCUGAUCCUCAUUAUGCUCACCAGGAGGACGUAUAUCGCUCGUUUGGCGAAGAAUUUCUUGAUCACAAUUUUGACGGCUAUCAUACCUGCAUCUUUGCCUACGGCCAGACUGGUUCGGGAAAAAGUUACACAAUGAUGGGAACGCCCGAACAACCCGGUUUGAUCCCAAGAACGUGCGAAGAGCUGUUCGAGCGCAUCCAAAACGAGCCGUCACCCAAUACCAGUUACCACGUUCACGUAACCUACUUCGAAGUGUACAACGAGCAUGUGCGGGAUUUGUUGGUGCCCCGAACCAACCCUCCCAUCUACUUGAAGAUCAGAGAAAGUCAAACAGAUGGUGUAUACGUGCAAGGGUUGACUGAGGCAGAAGUCAAAUGCUAUGCCGACGUGGAACGAUUGAUGAAGGUUGGGGAUUUGAGUCGAACUGUCGCGGCUACUAAGAUGAACGAUACAUCAUCUCGUUCCCAUGCUGUAUUCACUAUUCGACUCAAGCAAAUCCAGCACUCCCUUCUCAGUGACGAAACCAUUGAGCGAACUGCCCGCAUGCGUCUCGUGGAUCUUGCGGGCUCAGAACGUGCGAAGUCAACCGAGGCUUCAGGACAACGACUGAAGGAAGGCGGCCAGAUCAACAAGUCUCUCACAACUCUUGGGCGUGUUAUUGCAGCUCUCGCAGACCCGCGUCGUCAAGGCGCCAAAGGACGACGACCCAGGGAUGUGGUACCCUACAGAGAUUCCGUUCUAACAUGGCUCCUCAAAGACAGCCUUGGAGGAAACAGUAAAACGGCCAUGGUCGCCUGUAUUGCUCCUGCAGACUACGAUGAAACUCUUAGCACGCUACGAUACGCAGACCAAGCCAAACGCAUUCGCACUCGUGCUAGUGUCAAUCAAGAUUGCAUGUCUACCGCGCAGCGCGAUGCUCAGAUUUCGGAAAUGGCAGAGCAGAUUCGCUCCCUUCAAGUUUCUGUGAACGCAGCAUCACAACGCAAGCGCGAAGAAGCGACUGAGCUCGAAGAGUAUCAGCGACAAGUCACGAUCAUGCAGCGACUGAUGGUAGAGAGCCGUCAAGUUUCGGACUGUAAGAUCCGAGCGUUGACAAGCGAAGUGGAGGAUCUCAGACCGAGAGCUGCGGCUCUGCAAUCAGAGAACGAGGCUCUUAGACGACACUUGGCUCUUGCUCUGGGAGAACUGAAGAAUCCCAUUGUCUUGCCACCGCCACAACAUCCCUUGGGGUCACCCGAUUUCGAACAAGAAGAGUGGGGUGAUCGAGGAUUCGUUGAAGGUGAUGGUAAAGAUAACAAUAUUCCCAUUGCCGAAGACGACCUUAGUGACGAUAGCGCUGAUGAGGACUCAGGAUAUGACGAGGGUAAUGAUGACUUUGCGGUUGAACUGCAACAAGAAGCCGAAGAGUUUUUAAAGGAUCUCGGUCUUUUCAGGAGGAAGGUGGGAGGCGAUGUAGACCGCUUUGGUCUGAAAGAAAAACUAGGUGACAUCCUAGGUGACAUGGUCGUUCAUUGA